AUGAAGUUUGGCAUUUCUCUAAUCCUUCUGGCGGCCAUAACGUAUGCCCAAAAUGCCACAGUGACGCCAGCUCCCACGGAAACCGUCGUUGACUUGUUCCUGGGGGCGAAACGUUCAGGCAAUUAUUCUUUUGAAGGUAGCAUUAUCACAGGCGAUGCGACCGCUACCACAUACGAAAUUCGAUGCAAAUCGGGUGCCCUUAACCUACCCGGGUUCCCUACCACUACCUGUGAUCCCAAAGACCCGCCUUGGACUGUCACUAAUGGCCCUUCAUUAAUGAUAGGUCAACUGUCGACGGCUAUAGACACGGUGACAGCCUUCCUUGGUGAGACAUGCCGACUGGAACAUCAGACUGCUGCGUACUGUAAUUAUACUUUCAUAGAAAGUUUAAGUAGCACCACUACGAGCACCUCCUAUACCACCGUCAUCACAGGCGCCAAUUAUAUCGAAUAUCCUGUUGCAAUCACGGCUGGAAUAGAAAAUCUUGCUACUCUCACCACAAAUGCCGAAACCGCAACCACUGCGACUGCGACCAAGACAUGCAAGCUGUCUCCAAGUAUCGACAAGAAACCCAAGGGCAAUUAG